AUGCGAUUUUUCAGCCUUCAUCGCCGAAGCCACAGUAAAGAGAAAGAGAAAAGAAAGAGCAUUUCCUUGCCUCUUCUGCGCCCUCGCUCCACCGAAAGACCAGGAACAACCGAAUCUACGCCCGCGUCCACUACCACUACGACUCCCGCUUUCACUCCCACUCACACUCCCACUCCCACUCCCACUCCCACGAUAGCAGCUACUACUGCGGCCACGACGCCCACGACUACGACCACGACGCCAGCCACGCCCCCGCGCACGACGACUCCUCCCAGAACUGUCAUCGAUUCGCCAGACAGUCACUGUUCCGACCAGUGCACUACUCCGCGAACCCAGAUCGGUCCUACCGAUGAUUAUGCCCUGAGUCCUUCAGAGGCUCCUGCGCCAACUGAACAGCUUGAUCAGCAGCACCAAAUGACUGGUGGCGUCGACGGGAGAGGAGGGCCUGGGUCGCUUCAACUUCCGACGCCGCAGCCACGAGCCCCCGAUCAGCACGCCCCUGCACCCGUCGUGGAUGACAUCCGGUCUAGGGACUCGGUGCGCAAGCCCUCCCGGCUUUCUUCCGAGGUCAGCUUCAACGAUAGCCCCAGCAGCGAACCGUCAACCGAGGAAAGGCACUUGCCGGCAGAGAAUGGAAAGAGGACAGUGGGAGAUUCGCUGCAGGGUAAGAUGGAUGCGUCCGAGGCACAGCGGCAGCUAAGUCAGUACCGUUUGCACUUGGCCCGCGAGAUGGAAAAGAGAGAGAUUGUUGCGGCAACGGAGAACCGGCUGCCCAUCCCGGGCCCGAGCGGCAGCGAGCCAACUACGACAUCGACCGAGUCUGGGAACACCAUCCGCGGCGGCGUCACCCCGGGCUUGGCGGCCAGAACUCCUUCGUAUCCCUUCCCGCGCAUGGUAUCCUCGCCUGGCUUUCCACACAUUGGCCCGCCAUUACACCGCCCGUUUACCACGCUCUCACCAACUACGUUUCCGAACACACACCCGUCUACAGGGGCUCAGAUCUCGUUUUCCGGCCUCCAGGGUCUCGACCAUUCCGUGUCCAAUCCCUCUACUCCUGCCUCAGCAAUGACCUUUCUGCCUCAGGGGUGCUCCGGUACCGAAGUUGGUGAAUUUGCAACGCCCAAUCUUUACGACUUGACGCUCAUGCUUUCGGCUGAGCCGGGCUUGGAUGCAUGGUGGCACACGGUCGUCCAGAUUAUGACUGAAGUUUACAGGGCGGAAAGGGUAACCCUUGCUGUGCCUGCUGAUUCGACAGAUAUCGAGAAUGUGCCAUGGGGGCAAAAGGCAACCUACAACGCCCACCAGGAGGAUGGCCUUAGCCUAGGCUAUCUGGCUAGAGGCUCAAGCUUUGUCCACAGCAGUACCGACGAUAUCACCGACCUCUACCAGAAUAACGAUGAAUCCCUCAAGCCAAAGGGCCUAGCGCGUCCCGGGCUGCCGAGUCGACACUCGUUCUCUUCGUUUGAAGACAAUAAGGAUAAGAAAGUGUUGAUUGAACGAGCGCCUGCCACACCCCUUCGGCCACCAAUGGCUUCACGAAGCAAGACUACUCACCCAGGCGUUGGACGUGAUCGAGAUGCGAGUGAGGAGGAUGAGGACGUUGCUGUGAGCUUGAACCGCGAAGCUUUGGCGGAGCAUGACGCCCUUGAGGGCCAGCAGCCCAUUCCUAGUUGGGAAGCACCAAUAACCAACAAGAGAGAAGGGCACGGAAAACUCUUGAAUGUCCUCCAGGCACUGGACUACGAGGCCGACCCUUUACUCGACCACAAUGGGGUAUUGCGGGUUUUGGAGCGCGGUCGUGUUGUUGCUCUUACUAGGACAUAUCCGUAUCUCGCGCAAACAUCGUCAGCCGACAGCAAAGGCGCUGACCCCAAAGUAGGACCUCCGGCGGGCAGGGGGGAGAAAAAGGCUACUGGGAUUGCCUCUCGCUUGGAUGACGAACACCCAAGGCCCCCGACGCCCAAGUAUGAGGAGUACGAGCAGGCACCACCAUCUCCGUGGUCUCAAUCACCAGCCCCUUCUCCCGCCGUGAGAGCUGACCCCAGCGAGAAUCCUUUCUUCACGGAUGCCAUGGUCGACGAGGAGUCAUUCAAUCCAGGUUCUGCUCCUCCAGACUACUCAGCUCUGCAACCACCCGAGGCUAUUGGGGUUGACAACUCGUGGACCGUGUUGCAUAUCCCUCUAACCCAUGUCCUCCUGUCGAAACCUCAGCAACCGGGCUUCAAACUGGACUCGGCGUUCCUGGAGCAAAAGAUGUCACAACGCGGCAAGUCCGGACACACUCCGACAAUCCCUACGCCCUAUCAAGAACCUGCCGCCAAGGAAAAGCACGCCCCGAUUGCGAUCCUGUCCAUACUCAGCCCUAUCAUUCCAUAUCCCUCGAACCUUCGUCACUCGUUGGAGCACUUGGCACCACAUCUGGCCACGUCCUUCUCUCUAUGUCGACACUAUACUAACCUAGAAACGGAGCUGAGCGGUCUACAGAAGCGAAGGCCGCAGACGGUCGGCUUCGGUGCGUUGGGUCCUGACGGGCGUCCGCUCGCUGAUCCUACCGCUCUUACCAUGGGAUACCUCCCGACCGAUGACAACAUCUCCCAGCAGUCGCACGCUGGCAGCAUAACCAGUCCUAGCGAUUAUUCUGGUCCAUCUCGCAGUACUAUACAUUCUCCGAAUGGUACGCCUACCUGGGAUCCUUCGGCAUUGAGUCAUUUGAUGGACAAGCGGUCUUCAUCUGCUAGCCCAGCUCCUAUCGCCGCCGCCGACAGUUACUUCACCACUAAGCCAAAGUCUGGAGUUACAGUUGUAGGGCAACGGGCAAAGGCAGGCUCAAGAGAAGGCAAUACCCUCGAAAGGAAGGGUUCCCUGAAGAUACCCGGUGGUAAAUCCCAGUGGCAGGAUGCAGCGGGCGUCACUCCUGUGUCGCAGGAGUUUCAGGGAAGCGGAGAAAGUACCCGCCGGAGCAUUGAUGAAUCUUUGCCGGCAAACACGCAGCAAAAGACUACAGUCCUCAAAGAGCAGCGGGAAGAAAGAGGCAACAUCGCAAGCAGUCAGUCGGCCGAGUCCCAACGCAGAAAGCCUGCUGGUACUCCGACAGGUCAGCAUCGGCACACACAGUUGCACUCAUACGGGGCCGACUUUGCCACCACAUUCCAGUCGCUUCCUCCGAGUUCCGCCGUCGGCAAAGGUAUCUCCCAGGCUGCAACGCCAUCUAGGCAAGGCUCGAUAUCAUCGGCGGAAAUGACACCACCAUCGGACAAGCUCAAAGGCCUUAUCCUCGACUCUCUGCCCGCUCAUGUCUUCGUGGCCCUCCCGCAAACUGGAGAAAUCGUCUGGGUGAACAGUCGGUUCUUGACGUACCGCGGGCAAACCUCUGGUGAUCUUGCCGCAGACCCUUGGGGAAGCAUCCAUCCUGACGACAGAGAGGAUUACCUUCGUAAAUGGAGUGCCUCUGUCCGUACUGGCGACCAAUUCUCCACUACCGUCAGAAUUCGACGCUUCGAUGGGGCUUAUCGGUAUUUCUACGCGCGGGCUGUCGCCUCCAAAGACAAGAGGGGUGUCAUCUUGCAGUUUCUGGGUUCAUAUAUGGACAUCCAUGAUCAGCAUGUCGCAGAGCUCAGAGCAGCACGGCAGGAAGAGAUUGAGGUAUCGGAGGCAAAACAUCGUUUGCUUGCUAACCUGAUUCCCCAGAUCAUCUUCACUGCAACUGAAGACGAAGGGAUCACUUUCGCGAACGAGCAAUGGCUUUCUUAUACCGGACAAAGCUUUGAUGAUGUUCUCGGACUUGGCUUCAUGGAUUUCGUGCACCCAGAGGAUCUGGCUAAAUGUCGUAUUCCCCUCGAACGACCUACUUCACCGCAUGUCAGGCAGGACAAGACCAGGCAUGACCAUUCGCCUUCGCCCAGCAAUUUUGGCAUGGCUGCUAUGGGCAAACAGCCUGGCACCCCUACCGUUGAAAGUCUUCCGGGGCUAGUACACCCAGCUCUCACCAGACACAGCAGUAGCGCUAGCAGUUCUGCUAACGACCUCGCGGGUCCUAAUCUGUCCGAGCUUGCCAGGCAGGGGGUGAUCAAGAUCAGCACCGACAGCAAGGGCCAGCUCUCAUACACAACAGAAAUCCGACUUCGUGCCAAGAACGGCGAGUAUCGCUGGCAUCUCAUUCGAUGCGUUGAGAUUGACAAUGUCGACUUCGGCAAUGGCGCCAGCUCUUAUUUCGGCUCUGCUACUGAUAUCAACGACUUGAAGCUUCUGGAGACCAAGUUGAAGGAGGCUAUGGAGUCCAAGAGUCGAUUCCUGAGCAACAUGUCGCACGAGAUCCGAACGCCUCUGAUCGGUAUUUCUGGUAUGGUCAGUUUCCUUCAGGAUACCACACUCAACGAGGAGCAACGUGAUUACACCAACACCAUCCAGACCAGCGCCAACAGUUUGAUCAUGAUCAUCAACGACAUCCUAGAUCUUUCCAAGGUUGAUGCAGGCAUGAUGAAGCUGAACUACGAAUGGUUCCACACACGCUCUCUCAUUGAGGAUGUCAACGAGCUGGUGUCGACCAUGGCGAUUGCCAAACGUCUGGAGCUCAACUAUGUUGUCGAAGAAGACGUGCCUGCAUGGGUCAAGGGCGAUAAAGUCCGGAUCCGUCAGGUCUUGCUCAACGUCAUCGGCAAUGCCAUCAAGUUCACUAAUGAAGGAGAGGUAUUCAGCCGAUGCAAGGUUGUUGUUCCUGACGAUGGUCCUUUGCACGAGAACGAGAUUAUGCUUGAGUUCUCCAUCAUUGACACUGGAAGAGGCUUCACCAAGGAGGAAGCCGAGUUGAUCUUCAAACCUUUUAGCCAGAUUGAUGGAAGCAGUACCCGCCAACACGGUGGAAGUGGUCUAGGCCUGGUCAUUUCGCGCCAACUGGUCGAGCUACACGGCGGCAAGAUGGACGGCACUGCUGUGCCAGGAGAGGGGUCAACCUUCACCUUCACCGCAAGGUUUGGGCUUCCGACAGAAUCUGACAACCCCGACAUGGCUGCAGCACCUGCGCCUACGCCAGGCCUCAUACCAGAAAUGAACAUUCGCCGUCGGUCUUCCCUGGUAUCCCCUCACAGUAGGCCAUCUCUCACCUCCGCACCCUCGUCUGGCUCGGUGGUUCCUGCUGAGUCUGACACUAGAUCGCCAGCAGCAGUUUCCACCAGUAGCUCCGAACCCUCUAUCCACUCGUCACGCACCCAAACAACCGAGCGCUCAUCUAUGUCGUCUGUUAACGUCGGGUCCUUAGCACGGUUUAGCGAGGCAGCUCGUGCCAGUGGGCACGACUUGUCCCAGAUGAAGCUUGAGAUGCCUCAUGCUAGAGGAGGCAGUGGCUCUGAUGCGGGCACUACCCCAACGCCUAGUAAUUCAAGCAACGAGCGCCUGUCUAGGCCUACCAACAAAGACGCCGGUAGUUCUGAAGACAGCGAUGGGUUUCGCGCAACACUGUUCUCCAUCUUGAUCAUCUGCCCUCAAACGCACAGUCGCGAGGCCACGACAAAGCAUAUCGAGAUGACACUGCCAAAGGAUAACCCUCAUCAGAUCACAGCUGUUGCAUCUGUUCAGGAGGCGCGCAAGCUAAUUGGCGGAGAGGACCCCGUUUUCUUCACGCACGUGGUGAUCAAUCUUCCCACACCUGAGCAGAUUAUCGAGUUGAUGGACCAAGUCCAGCGUUCUAGCAUGAUUGCCCGCGGCGUCACCAUCCUCAUUCUCUCUGACUCGGUCCAGCGACAGGCGGUUCUGAAGCAAGUAGCCGGUACUCAAUAUGAGGACAUUCUGUCUGAGAACCGGGUGACCUACAUCUACAAACCUGUCAAGCCAUCACGGUUCGCGGUGAUCUUUGAUCCGGCCAAGGAGCGUGAUCUCAGCAUCGACCGGAACAGAUCGACGGCAGAGCAGUUGGUGGAGAGCCAGAAGCAGAGCUACCUCGAAGUGGAGAAGCGCAUGGGCAACAAGGGAUACAAAGUCCUCUUGGUUGAGGAUAACUUAGUCAACCAGAAGGUGCUCCAAAAGUAUCUCAAGAAGGUCGGGGUGGAUGUGGAGUUGGUUGCAGACGGAGUUGAGUGCACUGAUGUUGUGUUUUCGCGGCCUCAUGACUAUUUCUCGUUGAUCUUGUGUGAUCUUCACAUGCCACGCAAGGACGGAUAUCAAGCCUGCCGCGAAAUCCGCGAGUGGGAAGCCAAGGGAAAGUUCCCAGGAAGGCCGUUACCCAUCAUCGCCCUGUCGGCGAAUGUCAUGAGUGAUGUCCAGGAUAAGUGUCUCCAAGCAGGGUUCAACGACUACGUGACGAAACCUGUUGACUUUAUCAACUUGAGUAAUGCUCUCUCGAAGUUCUUCUAA